AUGCCACAAGUUAUUCCUUGCAAACGCAAGCUUCUCUUGAUUACUCUUUCCUUAAAUAAACUGAAAACUUUCAAACUGAGACAUACUAAAGAUGAAUGCUAUGAUGCUCUGAAGAUUCGGAGUGGACCAGAAAGAUGUGUCCAAUCUUCACAAUGCUACGACUCUGAUGCUGAAUGCGUAUAUAGUAUCAGGCAACUACAUCAUAUUUGCUGCAGACCAAAUCCUAGUGCAAUUUUUCCUAAAUGUCCCUCUGGACGACAAAUGCUUAUUAUUGGAAAAUCUACACCAUUGGUAUGCACACCAUCAAACUCAAUAGAAGAUGAUAUAUGUCCGCUAGGAUAUGAAUGUUUACCAUCAGUAACGAAUUUCACCAAAGGACAAGAACAAUCAAACAACGUUUGCUGCAAAGCAAUGAAAACGCUAGUGUGA